GAAAUACUUGUUUUGAAUUUUUUAAUAUUCGAAAUCAGAUAAACCGUCUUGAUUUCCGGUUAAAGCAACAUAAGUACUGUUUUUUCGCAUAACUGGGAUAGUUAUGACCUGACAUACGGAAUCUACACAACACAUUCCCUUACUGAUAACUAAAGAGAUGUCGCGGGCGCGCGCCGGCAGCCAGGAGGAAGGACCGUUGGGGCGUUCACGAGCACAGCGAUUGGACAGCGCGUGAGAGAUACACACAAGCACGUGUAAGGUGUUUUUAGAUUUCAAACUGAAUUUAGGCGGGUUUUCAGUUUUUCCUCUCAGUACCAACAUCAGACUCCACCGCAGAGACAGUACAGUGGCGACUCUUUGGACCGAAUUAGUUUCACAAACUGUUGUUUUGAUGGGGAAUAACGGAUCUUCCGCCGUGUUUACAUUUGAAGGGACAGUCGAGGCAAGAGUUAAGUGGCAAAGCAGCGGCAGGACAGCAGACUCCAGCCUGCAGCGCCGCCCGGUGGCCAGUCGCCAGCACUGCAUCAGUGGUGUCGUGGACCGCCCCCCCGCGCCCCCGCUCAGCCUCGGGUCGCCCCGCUUCCACCCGCACGCCAAGGGCAAGAACAUCCGCCUGGACACACAGCUGCGGCGGGCCGCGCGCAGGAACAGCUUCUGCCACGGCGUGACCUUCAGCCAGCGGCCCGUGCGUCUGUACGAGAGGGUGCGGCUGCUGCUGUCGGGGGUGCACAGCGGCUGGAGCGGGGCGCUGCGCUUCGGCUUCACCAGCGCCGACCCCGGGGAGCUCGGCUUGGCCGACAUCCCGAAGUACGCCUGCCCCGAUCUGGUGACCCGGCCGGGGUACUGGGCCAAGGCGCUGCCCGAGAGGCUGGCGGUGCGCGACAGUGUUCUGGCCUUCUGGGCGGACCGGCACGGACGCGUCUUCUACAGCGUCAACGAGGGCGAGCCGGUGCUCUUCCACUGCGGCCUCAACGUCUCCUGCCCCCUGUGGGCCAUCAUCGACAUCUACGGCAUCACGCAGGAGGUCACGCUGCUGGAGAGCACGUUUGCGGAGAGCGUGGGCUCCAGCGUCCUGAGCGCCGCACGACUCAGUGCCUAUCUCCCGCAGAGCAACCACGACUCGGCCAACUACAGCAACAACCAGCUGGAGACCAACCAGGCCGCCGCCGCCAAGUUCGCCACGCUACACCUGAGCAACUGCAACACGCUGAUCCCCGUCUGCGGCUCCUCCGCGCCCUCGUCCUCCGUGCACAGGCCGACCCGAGGCCCGCUCGACACACACCUGCACUUCCACCCGGUGCGGGGGCCCGACGUGGUGCUCUCCAACGACCGCACUGUCGCGUGCACGCACUUUCUGGACAGCAGCCGGACUCUGAUGUUCAGCGACCGGCCCGUUCGGGUGGGCGAGACUCUUUACGUCGAGGUCGGGCAUUUGGGGUUGCCGUACUUCGGGUCGCUUCUCUUUGGCAUGACCUCUUGUGACCCUGGCAGCCUCAGCGCGGGGGACCUGCCGGCCGACCCGGAGGUGCUUCUGGACCGUAAGGAGUAUUGGGUGGUGUACAGGGGGUUCCCGGUGCCGGCGGCCGGAGACGUGCUCAGCUUCACCUUCAUGCCCAACGGAGAGGUGCAUCAUGGGGUCAACGGCGGGGCGAGCACUCGGCUCCUGUGUGUCGACUCCUCUCAGGUUCUGUGGGCCUUCUUCACACUCCACGGGGCCGUGAACCGACUCAGGAUAUUAGGAACGGUUCAGGCCAGCCCCCCCACCUCCCCCUCAGUGUCUCAGGGGUCAACGCCGGACGACAGCGACUCUGACCUGGCUUUCAGUGUCAACAGAUCCUCGUCAGCAUCCGAGUCGUCUCUGGUGACGGCUCCCAGCUCUCCUCUCAGUCCUCCCGUCUCGCCCACCCUGUCCUCGUGCGACGCUCCUCUGAGCAUCAAGAGCAGCGAGUGCACCGUGUGCUUCGACCAGGAGGUGGACACUGUCAUCUACACCUGUGGACACAUGUGUCUGUGCAACGACUGCGGACUGAGGCUCAAGAGACAGACCAACGCCUGCUGUCCCAUCUGUCGGAGACCCAUCAAGGACGUCAUCAAAACCUACAGACCCUGAAGGGGCGAGCACCUUUUCUAUCAGCGCAACAUCUGGACGAAACUUGUAUUUAAUAUAUUUGUGUAUGUAGCUUUGCUUUGUGUAGCAGUAAGCUCUUUAUUUCUCUAAAAGCAGAUCAGCUGAAGCCAAACGUAACUGAAGAUGAUUUAUGGUUUCUGAGGAUUAACACUGGUCAGAUACUUCGAGUGCCUUUAAUGUUCCUAAAGCGGCGGCUAAUGGAUUAGACAAUCAUAUCUGAGGUUUACGUGUAAAUUGAGAGGUAAUUCAAUGGGACCUCGAGAUAAAAAGGAAAGUUUUAAUGUGCAAGUGAUUAACACACAGUGCUACGAAUAUGAUAUUGUUUGACAUUCUGAUUGCGGUGUUAAAGUGAGGACAGAUUUGCAUUGUGAAGGGUUUGACGAUAUGUUGCACUUAUAAGGUAAUCUCAGCACUAACACACACCUGUCCUUCUGACUGAAGCCAUUACAGACGUGGACCGUCCCGGACGACUGCAUCCACACACACACAUCAAUGGUUUAUAUAAUAGAGUGAUGUGGGAUUGUAUUUAAUGUCAGAUAUAGUUUUUUCAAAAGUUUUCGUUGUUUUGUUUGGGAAAUUAUGUUUUCUUCUAUCAGCAUUUUUAAAAAAUCAGGCUAGAAAAACAAAAAACAAAUAGUGUAGAAAUUGCAAUCAGUUCCCUUCUAAACACAAUUAGAUGUACAGAUGCUGUUAUUGAUAUGAUUGAUCAGCUGUCUGACAUUAUUAUGAAGAGUGAUGUUGAAGAAUGGUGAUGAUGGCAGAAGUUAUGUAAAACUAUUUACAUAAAUGCAAGUACUCAUACUCAUGUAAUGGAGCGUACCAGCCAUAAAUCAAGUUUUCUACCAAAUGUAAGAUGAAAAUCUGCCAAUGAUUGACACCAACUUAUGAUCAAUCAUAUGUUUGAAUAUGAGUUUCAUAUUAUUGUCAAUAAAACAGUUCUGAAGGAUACGCAC